GUCAUAUUUAUUUUUGUUUUUGAAGAGGGAUCAUGAGGUCUGGUUAGUCAUAAUCAGUCUCCAUCUCUCAUUUCAAUAUUCGUAUUUAACCGGUAGAGAAGUCAAUAACGUUGUCUUUAUCGAUUGACUCUUGUGAAACUUUUUGUAAAAUGUCAGGCAAAAUGUGUGGAGGUAUGAAGGAAACAGAAGCUGCAACAGCAGAAGUGCAAGGCCUGAUUGACAAGGUACAAGCAGAAGCUGAAAAAGCUGCAGGAAGAUCCUUUGAGAAAUAUGAAGCCAAAAUAUUUGCAACUCAACUGGUGAAUGGCGUGAACUAUUUUGUCAAGGUUGAUACUGGUUCUAGUUUUCUUCACAUUCGUCUACACAAAUCAUUCCAAGGAGCAGUGACAUUCUCUUCCAUUCAAGAUGGCAAAGCAGAAGCUGAUGAUUUAGCAUAUUUUUGAAACCUAACAGCCAAAUUCCAACCUAAUAUUUACUAAGUUAUUAUUACUAUUAUCAUUAAGGAUAUUAAUAAUUUAAAACAAUAUAAUAUCAAUUUAAAAAUAAUCAUGAUUUGUGUUUGAUUUUUGCAAGCUUUGUUAAUAAUAUGACUUACUAGAAGCAUUAUAAAAUACCUAAUAAGUCAUGUUAUCAACAUAACUUCUGCAUUAUCAACGAUCUUGUGCUUCAUGUCACAGAUCACAGAUCCUAUAUACAAAUAUAAUAAUAUAUAUAUAAUAUAUAUAAUCUGUGAUGUCAUCAACAUGACUUAUUAUAUGCAUUAUCAAGUAUCUUAUAAGUCUUGUUAUCAACUUAUAACACUAUCAAGGAUCUUAUAAAUCUUGUUAUUAACAUGACUUAUCGCAUUAUCAAGGAUCGUAUAAAAAAAUCAUUUUAUCAACAUCCAUUAUUAGCAUUAUCAAGGAUCUUAUAAAUAUGGCAUGAUAUCGACAUGACUUAUAACAUUGCCAAGGAUCUUAAAAGGAAUGAUAUCAACAUGAUUUGCUAGUAUUAUCUAUCUAUAAUCUAUGAAAUUUAUGUAAUGUGCAGAGUGCUCAACUUAAAUAGUUUUAAACAGUACACUGUUGUGCAGUUAUACACUACUGGUACAACAUUGGUAUGCUUAUAACGUUUGAAAUAAAAAUACUGUACAGUAAUUUAUGAAAUCACAACUCAUAGGGAAAUUAUUAAAAACAAUACUAAAACUAUUUGUAUACUGUGUUCGUAUACUAAAAAUGUAUAUUCUGAAUAAAUAAUUUAAAAAAAAUGUGAAAAGAA